AUGUUCACUGGAAUAGUAGAAGAAGUAGGGACUGUAAGCGUCUGCCAGGAAUAUGGCCUUGCCGUGAAGGCGAAGAAGGUAACCGAAGACCUGCGGCUGGGCGACAGUAUUGCCGUGAACGGAACUUGCCUAACGGUUGUGGAGUUCGACGAGAGUCAUUUCAGGGUAGACCUGGCUCCAGAAACACUCCGGCGAACUUCUCUGAGGGAACUGGAGGUUGGGAGGCGGGUAAAUCUCGAACGCCCCCUAGCGGUAAGCGAUCGGUUGGGGGGGCACAUUGUUCAGGGACAUGUGGAUGCCGCGGGCAGAGUUAUGUCAAUUCGUCCGGAAGGUGAUUGCUUCAUAUUCCGGAUACGGACGCCCAAGCGAUUGAUGCCUUAUGUGGUGGAAAAGGGCUUCAUCGCGUUGGACGGAAUCAGCUUGACGGUGGUCAAAAAAGGGGCUGCAUCCUUCACCGUUUCUGUGAUACCAUACAGCCUCUCUAAUACCAACUUAGAAGAAAAAUCGGCAGGGCACCGGGUCAAUCUGGAAGUGGAUAUCCUGGCAAAGUACGUCGAGAGCUUACUUGCCAGAUAG